AUGGCGUCCACGGCGGCGGGGAAGCAGCGGAUCCCGAAAGUGGCCAAGGUGAAGAAUAAAGCCCCUGCAGAAGUGCAGAUAACAGCUGAGCAACUGCUGAGAGAAGCCAAAGAAAGAGAACUUGAGUUACUACCUCCUCCCCCAAAACAGAAGAUCACAGAUGAAGAAGAACUGAAUGACUACAAAUUAAGGAAACGAAAGACAUUUGAAGAUAAUAUAAGGAAAAACAGAACUGUUAUUAGUAACUGGAUAAAAUAUGCACAAUGGGAAGAAAGUCUAAAGGAAGUUCAAAGGGCGCGAUCUAUAUACGAGCGAGCAUUGGAUGUAGACCACAGGAAUAUCACACUAUGGCUGAAAUAUGCAGAAAUGGAGAUGAAGAACCGCCAGGUUAACCAUGCACGAAAUAUAUGGGAUAGAGCUAUCACCAUCCUACCUAGAGUAAACCAGUUCUGGUACAAAUACACCUACAUGGAGGAGAUGCUGGGCAAUGUUGCCUGGUACCAGGCAGGUAUUUGAACGUUGGAUGGACUGGCAGCCUGAAGAACAAGCAUGGCAUUCCUACAUCAAUUUUGAACUUCGCUACAAGGAAGUGGACAAAGCACGGUCCAUUUAUGAGAGAUUUGUCAUUGUACAUCCUGAUGUGAAGAACUGGAUCAAGUAUGCCCGCUUUGAGGAGAAGCAUGGAUACAUUGCACACGCAAGGAAGGUGUACGAGAGGGCAGUGGAGUUUUUCGGAGAGUUUCAUAUGGAUGAGAAUCUUUAUGUUGCAUUUGCCAAAUUUGAGGAAAAUCAAAAAGAGUCUGAAAGAGUACGAGUCAUCUAUAAAUAUGCCCUAGACAGAAUCUCAAAGCAACAUGCCCAAGAGCUGUUCAAGAACUACACCAUUUUUGAAAAAAAAAAUACGGGGACCGGAGGGGGAUUGAAGAUAUCAUCGUGAAUAAAAGGCGAUUUCAGUAUGAGGAAGAAGUCAAGGCCAAUCCUCAUAAUUAUGAUGCUUGGUUUGACUACUUGCGGUUGGUGGAAAGUGAUGCAGAUGCUGACACUGUCCGAGAAGUGUAUGAACGUGCUAUUGCUAACAUCCCGCCCACUAAGGAGAAGAGACACUGGAAAAGAUAUAUAUACUUGUGGAUUAACUAUGCACUGUAUGAAGAGCUGGAGGCAAAGGAUCCAGAAAGGACCAGACAAGUAUAUCAAGCCUGCUUAGAAUUAAUACCACACAAAAAGUUUACAUUUGCCAAAAUGUGGUUAAUGUAUGCACAAUUUGAAAUACGACAGAAAAAUCUUCCUUUUGCUCGAAAAGCUUUGGGCACAUCCAUUGGCAAAUCACCAAAACAGAAGUUGUUUAAAGGCUAUAUAGAACUGGAGUUACAACUUCGAGAAUUUGAUAGAUGUAGAAAGUUGUAUGAAAAGUUUUUGGAAUUUGGACCUGAAAACUGCACAACAUGGAUUAAAUUUGCAGAAUUGGAAACUAUUCUGGGUGAUGUUGAAAGAGCCCGUGCUGUGUAUGAGCUUGCUAUUGGACAGCCACGUCUUGAUAUGCCUGAAGUUCUUUGGAAAUCAUACAUUGACUUUGAAAUUGAACAGGAAGAAUUUGAUAAAACAAGAAACUUAUAUAGAAGACUUCUACAGAGAACACAGCAUGUUAAGGUUUGGAUCAGCUUUGCACAGUUUGAACUGACAACUGGUGCUGAGGACACGCUGGGUAAAUGCAGGCAAAUCUAUGAGGAGGCAAACAAGACUCUCAGGAACUGUGAAGAGAAGGAAGAGAGACUGAUGCUACUUGAGUCCUGGAGGAGCUUUGAGCAGGAAUUUGGCUCUGAGAGUACACAGGAAAGGGUGGCCAAGCUGAUGCCAGAGAGGGUCAAGAAGAGGAGAAAACUCCAAGCAGAGGAUGGGUCAGAUGCUGGUUGGGAGGAAUACUAUGACUACAUCUUUCCUGAGGAUGCUGCCAAUCAGCCCAAUCUUAAACUUCUUGCCAUGGCCAAGCUCUGGAAGAAACAGCAGAAAGAUGAUGAUGAUGAUGAAGAGGAAGAGGAACAAGAUCCUGAUAAAGACAUUGAUGAGAGCACUUCCUGA